GAUUGGAUGAAGUUCAGUGUGCGAUUCUUGGUGCUGACGUUCUUAUUGCUUGUGGAUAUUGGGUGGCGCGUGGGGUAUCGAGGUGUGGUGUCGUAUGCAAGCAUCGAGGAAGUUCGCAAGGCGCAAUGGAAAUUUUGGGUCCUUAUCUUAUCGCCCCGGCCGCCAAUUGGAGCGCCUCGGACCUCCGACUUCACCAUUUCACUCACACCCACCCUCGUGAACCUUAAUCACCAGCACCACAUCCUUACCAUCAUGUAA